AUGUCUCGCCAUCAGUACGUGCGGAACUUGGACUAUCAAGACGCCAUGGACGAGUACGAGGGCUACACAGAAGAAGAAGACGAGCUCAGCCCAGAAGACCGAGUGCUGCUCAACCAAGGCACCGCCGACGUCCAGGCAGCCCUCGGUGUCGAGGCUUCCAAGGUCACCGUCGCCCAGAUCGAGGAGGCAUUGUGGCAUUACUACUACGACGUCGACAAGUCCGUCGCUUAUCUCACCGCCAAGUUCAUUAACCCGCCUCCCAAGGCAGCCAAACCCGCCAUUCGACAGCCCAAUGGUAAGUCCGUCACAUCCUCAUGGCGUAUUGUCGGUGCCGCUGCUGCGUCGCGGCCUGCACCAUCCGUUUCACACCUUUUCCGCGACAUGCCGUGGGGAAACAUUCCGAAGCACAGGGAGGCUACCUUGGUGCCGCCUCCCAUGCCCCGUGGUGGACUACUCGGCGGGUCAGGAACACAGCCAAAAUUGUCCAAGCUGCAAGCUCUUGCCGCUGCACGAAAAAAAAAAGCCGAGGAAAAAACCGCCGACAACAACAAGCCCAAAGCGGCAGAAGCGCCUACUGGCAAGGAGAACGUUCCUCCAUCGGCGCCGUUGAACAAGCGUGUCAGAUUCUCUGGAUCUGCUACCCAGGAUCGCAUCGUAGCCAUCAUGACCCCCGCUGUCCCCUCUCAGCCAACGCAAUCAGAUCUACAACAACAAUCGGAUGUGGCUGCAGCAACGCCAGAAAACGAGCCGGUCUUGAAAGCAACCCCAUCAGCAUUUGCUAGGAUUCUCUGUGGACUCCCGUCAGAUGACCCCAAGGCAAAGGCAUCCAUGGGGGAGACCCCGCUCGAUCCCAGUCUCUUCGGCGAAAGAUACGGUCCUGACAACAAGGGCAGACCGCCGGAGGAGCCCGUUGAUUCCACCUGGUGGUUCGACAUCCACAAGCGCAAACGGGAUGACUCAGGCGAAUACGAGGAGGUCGUCGUCUUGUAUCCAAACCUUCCGCAAGAUGCCAGGGACAACUUCGCUCUCCCCAGUCCGGAUGACAUAGUUCUUGCGGCACAAGCGAAGGCCAAGCCGAAAGCUGGACAAAGGACGGCUGCGGCCCAAUCUAAGAAAAAGAGCACGCAUUCCCCGGAGACCGUCGCAGCCGCGGUCAGCGAGCUGAAGGUCGACGACGCCCCGUUGCCCAAAAGCCGCGGUUUGGAUGUCCUCUCUGAGUUUGAAAAGAGCAAAGGGAAAAAGAACGCCAGUUUUGUUGUGGUCGGGCAUGUGGAUGCCGGGAAAAGCACCAUGAUGGGCAGGUUGCUCCUCGACCUCAAGGUCGUCGACCAGCGCGCAGUCGAUAAGCUCCGUAAGGAGGCCGAGAACAUUGGGAAAGGAUCGUUUGCACUGGCCUGGGUGUUGGAUCAGCGCCCUGAAGAACGCAGCAGAGGUGUCACUAUCGACGUCGCCAGCAACCGAUUCGAAACAAAGAACACAGUCUUCACCAUCUUGGACGCGCCCGGACACCGAGAUUUCAUUCCUAACAUGAUUGCCGGAGCCAGCCAAGCCGACUUUGCAAUUCUUGUUAUCGACGCCGGCAUUGGCGGAUUCGAGUCCGGGCUCAAGGGCCAGACUAGGGAGCACUUGCUAUUGAUUCGCAGCAUGGGAGUCUCCCGCGUCAUCGUCGCCGUCAACAAGCUGGAUAUGGUCGCCUGGUCUCAAGAAAGAUUCAACGAGAUUAAAAACCAGAUGGCGGGGUUCCUGUCUGCGGCUAAUUUCCAGGACAAGAACAUCUCCUUCGUCCCCGUGUCCGGUCUCCAUGGCGACAAUCUGCUUCAUAGAUCAACCGACCCGGCAGCAUCAUGGUACACCGGUCCAACCUUGAUUGAGGAGCUGGAGAACUCGGAGCCCAACGCCAGGGCGCUGACCAACCCCUUGCGGAUAACCGUCUCCGACGUCUCCCGCACCAUACAGAGUCCCGUCACGGUCUCGGGACGAAUUGAUGCCGGGUCGCUGCAGACGGGCGACGCGGUCAUGGUCCAGCCGAGCGGAGAAAAAGCCUACGUAAAGUCCGUCUUGGUCGACGAGGCGCCCGCAGAGUGGGCGGUUGCCGGCCAGAACGUGGUGCUCCACCUUAGCCACAUCGACCCUAUGCACGUCAAGGUGGGGGAUAUUAUAUGCGACCCGGCGAACCUGGUUCCCCGUGCGGACACAUUCACGCUCAAGGCGCUCGCGUUCGACAUUCUGAUGCCCAUGGAGGUGGAGGUUUACCGGGGCCGGCUGCAAGUGGGAGGCAGGAUCGAGGCCAUCCCGGCGCUGCUGGAUAAGGUUACGGGGCAGGUGAUAAAGAAAAAACCCAAAAUUGUCAAGCCGGCGACGGUGGCAAGGAUCGUGGUCAAGUUGGAGGCGCAGGUACCGUUGGAGGCCGGGCAGAGGGUGGUGUUGAGGAGUGGAGGGCAGACGGUGGCUGCUGGGUUGUUGGAAUAG